CCGCAGGAUCCCAAUGUCUUCGUGGCCUUAGGCCUUAAAGGGCCCUAAAGGCUUAAGGGCCUCAGCCGCCCCAGCCAUGUCUGCGGAUGUGAGGACGCGCUUUGGACGCCGGGACAUGGAGAUUGAGGUGGGUGAGUUGAGUGAAUCCCAACGGCGAGAAGCUGAGCAGAGCCCAUCCACCAGUCGCCGACCGUCUCACUGGGGCCCAAGACCUUGGAUGUUUGCUGUAGUAGGCGGAUCAGUUGUCCUGACCGUUCUGUACUCCUACAACGUGCAGCGGGGCUUUGCAUAUUUGUUUGGCCAGUGUCUCUACAAGGCACACAACUCUCUGGAUGACUAUUCAAGAUCAGGCACUAUGCAUAAGAGUGUCUCAGCAAUCAUCAACAGUGCGAGUCAAGGUUGGCUGAGCAUUGAUUUUCCGACAGAUAAGGCGACGAGGCACAACUAUACUCUAGCGUACGAUGUCUUGAUGGCACAAUACCAGAGAACUGCCAAGAAUGUCCUGGAACUUGGCAUCAAGAAAGGGGGAAGCCUCAAGAUUUGGAGGGAGUACUUUAGUGAAUCGACCUUCAUCUAUGGUAUGGAUAUAGACCGUGGGUGCCCAACGUUCCCGAAAGAUGCCCACAUCAAGUCGCUCAUUGUGGACUCGACCUCCAAAAAGAAGGUCAGCAAGGCCGUGGGAGACAUCAAGUUCGAUGUCAUCAUCGAUGAUGGCUGCCAUACACCGAAAUGCAUUUGGAAAUCCUUCGAAGCACUAUUUCCCCGACUCCAACCGACUGGGCUCUAUGUCAUUGAAGACUAUCCAAAGCUAGAUAUGGACACUAUCCAGAAACACCUCAUACAGAAUGGCAGCAACCUGGUUUACAUUGUCAAUGACCGGUCAGAUGAUGAAGUGAUGCUUCUCAUCGUCUCCAAUAAGUCCUUGGUGUUGAAAGCAGAGGAGCCUUCUUCAAGUUCUAGAAAGAAUGGCCCCGGCAUGCAUCGCCACCACAUUCCCAAAUCGAGAACCCACCAUUGCACCAGUGAGCGCUGAGAGGCACUCCUACUGUCCAUUGACGUCUGAGGACGAUUGUGAAGCUCCACAAACCGCCGUCAUUUGGAGCUGCACAGGUUGGGGCCAUUGAGGCCACGGCGAACCACACGAGUUCGACCAUUUGCAGAAGAGAAUCACUGCAGUCAGGUGCAGAGCGAGAUUGGGCCUGCCCUAAUAUCCACUGGCUACUCUAGGGAGUCAUGAGAUAAGACAAUUGCUACUGCUACUCUAGGG